AUGCGGGGUGUUCUUCAAGUCGCCUUACUUCUGCCUUUGGCCGUCGGGAAUGCGCUUCCCCACGACCGAGCGCAGUUCAAAAAGAGACCCUUCGACCAUGUUGACGACAUCCUCGCUGGAUUGGGUAGCAUCAAGCAGGACCUGAUGGCUGGUGGCGCUGCAAUCAACCAGCAGCUCUAUCAAGCCACUCAAAAGCCCGCGCAGUACGAAAAGUGCAACCCCAGCAACGUUCAAGUGCGGCAGGAAUGGUCUACCUUCUCCAAGGCUGAGAAGAAGGAAUACAUUAGGGCGGUUCAGUACAGCUACUCCAGAUGGCACAAAGAUCCUACAAAGUCGCCUCUGCUCGACGGCUCUGCGACUUCGAUUUCUGGACAGGGCGCAAAAGGAUGCAGCAAUCAGACUUGGACUGGAAUCCCGUCGAACGAUCAACCAGUCAUCAAGAUUCCGCAUGGCCAAGGUGGUGGCUGCGUGACCUCAGGACCGUUCGCGAACUUCACUGUCAAUCUCGGACCGUUGGUUCCUGCAUCCAAAUGUGUCCGACCGAACCCCGAUCCGUCUGGCCUAGGCUACAAUCCCCGUUGUCUCAUGCGCGACAUCAACGGCUUCACCGGAGAGGGAUGGCUGAAGGACGACGACGUGGUUUCUCUGCUCCACAGUGACAACUACCAAACGUUUUGGGAAGUUUUGCAAGGUGGGCCAAUGGGAAACAGCUUCGCGAACGGCUUCAUGGGCGUGCACACGGCCGGUCACUUUAUCAUUGGCGGCGAUCCGGCGGGUGAUUUCACAGCAUCUCCUGGCGAUCCCUACUUCUUCUUCCACCACUCGUCGAUUGACAGGCUUUACUGGAUUUGGCAGAACCUGAAGCCGAGUGAGCGUACAACUGCCUUGUAUGGACCUACCUUCAUCGGAACCCCGACCUCGCCCAAUGCAACACUCAACGACACCCUGAGCAUGGGGGCAGCAUAUCCUGGGCCCAUCACCAUAGAAGAUGCGUCGAGCACCAUGGGCGGACCAUUCUGCUACAUCUACAUUUAG